AUGGCUUCUACAGAAGAAUCUCUCCAGGUCAAUCGCCAGAAGACAACUCCCUUCCACCUGAAGCUGUUCUACCGCCAAAACUCUUUCCACUCGCUCUCAGACUUCCCGGUCCCGUCUGCGACACCUACUGACAAUACCGCGUCCUCUGCCAGCGCUCCGCUCCCUCCCCAUCUACAGAUAUAUACCUGGCAGUCAUGUUCCCUGCGCGAGCUUGCACAUCUACUCACAUCGGCAUUACCUACUCUGCUUCCUGAUCCGGCGGUAGGAACCCGACUGAGCUUCCGGCUGGUCUACCCUGACACGAGGAGCCAGGCAGGAUCCAGGCCUGGUGAUGGGGGAGACGGGCGCGGCAAAUACGUCAGCAAGGAUAUCGGGAGUGUGAUCGUGGGAUUUAUGAAGGGCGGUGAUGGCAAGGACGGAGAUGCGGACAAGGCAGGUGAAGGGAUAUCAUUAGAAGGCGACGAGGCGGAUAAGGUGCUUCACGACGCGCGGUUUGUCAUUGGGGAUUAUAUCGACUGUGCCAUACUACCACCACUCGCUGACGGCUCUGUGGCGCCUGCAAUAUCGUCUAGAGGACCCCUCCAUCCCACGAUGGGCAGGGGCAUGAGAGCCUUUGGAGGAGGACCAUUUUCGCGAGACGGCGGUUUUUCAAGACCCAGACAUGGCCCGGGGGCGCCCUCGGGGAGGAACGGUGGAGGAGUGGCUGGUUCGAACCUAGCAAAUGUGCCCAGCGGGGAAUGGAGAAGGGGAGAACGGUUACCGGAUUCUGGCGGGCGUGUAUAUAGUCGAGGGUCCAGGGAUGGAGGAGGGAGGCCAUACUGA